AUGUUUUUCUUUCUUAGGAAUUUUUCUUUCCUAGAAAUCUCAUUCACAACAGUUUGCAUUCCUAGAUUUCUAGUUAGCAUUGUAACAGGGGAUAUGACCAUUUCCUAUAAUUCUUGCAUGGCCCAAGUGUUUUUUUUCAUCCUCCUUGGUUCAACAGAAUUUUUUCUUUUGACAGCUAUGUCCUAUGACCCGUACAUAGCCAUCUGUAAGCCAUUGCAUUACACAACAAUAAUGAACAGCAGAAUCUGCAACCAGCUUGUAGUUAGUUCUUGGCUGGCAGGAUUUCUCAUUAUCUUUCCACCUGUGAUCAUGGGGCUGCAGCUGGAUUUUUGUGGCUCCAAUAUCAUCGACCACUUCACCUGUGACUCUUCCCCUAUGCUACUGAUCUCCUGCACUGACACAACAUUCCUGGAGCUCAUGGCAUUUUUGCUGGCAGUAUUCACACUCAUGAUAACCAUAUCACUAGUGAUUCUUUCUUACGCAUUCAUUCUUAAAACAAUUCUGGGAAUCCCCUCUACUGAACAAAGGAAAAAGGCCUUUUCUACUUGUUCCUCACACAUGAUUGUUGUCUCUAUUUCUUAUGGAAGUUGUAUUUUCAUGUAUGUUCUGCAAAAGAAGGUGUGGCUUUGA